AUGGUUAACCUUCCGCCCCUCUCACCUCUCCUCUCUCCUCUACCCUCUCCACCCCUUUCACCUCUCAAUCCUAGAGUCGUCCCAAUCCUCUCCAGAGACAAAACUACCCAAAGUCCUGCUUGUACCAGGACGACCCUGCAGGACGAGAGCACCCCGGAAAAAACCACGAAACUGUUCCAAUACCCAAGGAUGUCUUCACUCGAGCUAGAAUGCCUGGAUUACUUCCAGUUAUAUGCCAAACCUGUCGUCGGUGACGGAAAUUGCCUUUUCUACUCCAUCUCCGAUCAACUGUACGGCGAUUUCGAGCAGUACGCUGAAAUCCGACAACGCCUGGUCGAUCAGAUGCGGAAGUCCUCCGCUUAUUUCGAAGAAUUCGCUACAGACGCCGGGGGGGAGCGUCGAGCUCCCAAAAGAGACGCCUCUGAGGCAGCCCGCCAGAAGUUUACUGGCAUAGGCAGACCUGCUACUAAAAGGGGCCAAAAGGCUGCAUUCCACUCAGAGCUCCAGAGAAUGGCGGGGAAUUCUUACUGGGGAGGAGCUUUGGAGCUCCAGGCCUUCUGCCAGUCCUAUGGCAUGGAUGUGCUCGUAUACUCGGUGGGCGGAGUUCAAAGAUUCAAGGACUACUUUUCCCCGGACGACCCAGAUCGAGAGGUGAUACAUCUUGGUUAUCAUAACUCUAACCAUUAUUCCUCCGUGCGGAGUCUGAAGGGGCCCCACACUGGGCUCCCAAACCUCCCAGACCAACUGAAGGGAGCCGAUCGCACCUAUUGCGAAUCCAAAUGCAAAGAAACUGCCAGGGAAAAAGCUAUUGAGCCCAACGAUGAAACCUGCAGCCUGGCACGAAAUCCCACCCACGCAGCCGCCAACGGCAUCUCGGCACAGGAACCCAUCCAAAGCCCGAAACCCGACCACGCAGAUAUGCACUGGAUGAUAACCAUCUUCGGGCACCCCAUGGCCGCAAAAGAUGAAUCCAUCCGCACGCUGGUCGGCAAGUACGGCCCCAACAUCACAGGCGCCCUCAAUAGAUUGCUUGCCAACAGAAGCAAAAUCAGAAACAGCACCAGCACCAGCACCAGCAACAGCCCCUUACCAUCCUGCUCCUCUUCAGCCAACAGCGUGACGAGCAAGCGGUCCGCAGACGCUAGCGAGCUGGACGAAGAGGAGCAUCCUGCCCGCAGCGCGAGCGUGAUCCGCCGUUCCCGUGACGGGUCGCGCAAGCGCCGAAUGCUGAGGGAUGUCGCUUUUGAGAUUCUGGGGAGCAGGGAUGAGGUGCUGGCGAUUGACUCUAACGGUGCUAAUGGCGCUGUUAAACGUGAUGUGGGUGGUCGUGUGGUUGGUUCUACACUGAAGGCUCGGGCUUCUAGCGCACGGGCUCUGGACAGCAUGGCGGCGGCUAAUGGCAGUAGCAGGGGCAGUGGCAGUGGCGGUGGUGAUUUCAAUAGGGCCAUGCAGGCUGGUGCGCGACGUCAGUAUGAGAAUCCUAACUUUAAACAGGUUGAAGACGGCGGAGAUGGGGAGGAGGGUGAGCAAGCUGUUGACAAAGACAACGACGAUGGAAAUGAUGAAGACGAUGGAGAUGAUGAAGGCGAUGAAGAUGAUGAAAGCGAUGGAGAUGACGAAGAUUCCGAUAACGACAGCAGCAGCGAUUUCAGCGCUGAAGAUUACGAUGACGAUGACGAUUAA